UCAAUGUUAGCUUCCUCUCACCGUGCAUUUGCCGCUGUUGCUACCAAACGAGUUGCAGUGGUUCUCUCUGGUUGUGGCCACCUCGACGGCAGUGAAAUUCGCGAAGCGGUGUUCGUGCUCACCGAAUUGAGUCGAGCCAACGCCAAAUACCAAUGCUUUGCUCCGGACAUCCAGCAGAUGCACGUCGUGGAUCACUCAGAUGGGUCGAUAGAUUCUGGUUCGAAACGCAACGUGUUGGUGGAAGCUUCACGCAUUGGAAGGGAAGGUACUCUCCCGUUAACAGAUCUCAAGGCUAACGAUUAUGACGCAUUGAUGUUCCCCGGUGGCUUCGGAGCUGCGAAGAAUCUCUCGAACUUCGCCGUUAAGGGCAGUGGCAUGUCAGUUCAUCCCGAAGUUGAAAGGGCGAUCAAAGAGUUCAACCAAGCUGGUCAUCCAAUUGGCCUAGUCUGCAUCGCUCCAGUACUUGCAGCUAAGGUUUUGAACGCCGAAGUCACUAUGGGUUCCGAUGAGGUUAGUGAAGAGUAUCCAAACGCAUCUGCCGCGCAAGCUGUGAAGGAGAUUGGCGGUAAGCAUUUCAAUACAAAGUUGAACGAGGCCCAUGUCGAUACGGUCAAGAAGGUUGUUACCUCUGCUGCGUAUAUGAACAACACAGCGCCUAUUCAUGAGAUACACGAGUCGGUCGCUGCGAUGGUGAGGGAAACUUUGAAGCUGAUAGAUAGUUAAGCUAUUG